AUGCCUCUGGGGAUGAAUAAACAUGGAUCUCGCUCUACUACCUCUUUGCCUCCGGACCCCACGGAGAUCGUCAGGAGCAAGGCCUGCUCCCGGAGGGUCAAGCUCAACGUGGGGGGGCUGGCCCACGAGGUUCUCUGGCGGACCUUGGACAGGUUGCCACGGACCAGGCUGGGUAAGCUCAGAGACUGCAACACACACGACUCCCUCAUGGAGAUCUGCGACGACUACAACCUGGAGGAGAACGAGUACUUUUUCGACAGGCAUCCCGGGGCGUUCACCUCAAUCUUGAACUUCUACCGCACGGGCAAGCUGCACAUGAUGGAGGAGAUGUGUGCCCUGUCCUUCAGCCAGGAGCUGGACUACUGGGGGGUGGAUGAGAUCUACCUGGAGUCCUGCUGCCAGGCCCGCUACCACCAGAAGAAGGAGCAGAUGAAUGAGGAGCUGAAGAGAGAAGCUGAGACUCUGAGGGAAAGGGAAGGGGAGGAAUUUGAUAACACUUGCUGUGCUGAGAAAAGGAAAAAGCUCUGGGACCUCCUGGAGAAGCCCAACUCCUCCGUAGCGGCCAAGAUUUUGGCAAUCAUUUCCAUCAUGUUUAUUGUACUAUCUACAAUUGCCUUGUCUCUUAACACACUUCCUGAACUACAAGGCGUGGAUGAAUUUGGGCAGACCACAGAUAACCCCCAGCUUGCCCACGUGGAAGCAGUGUGCAUCGCAUGGUUUACAAUGGAAUACCUCUUGCGGUUCCUCUCCUCGCCUAAGAAAUGGAAGUUCUUCAAAGGCCCACUGAAUGCUAUCGAUUUGCUAGCUAUCCUACCCUACUAUGUCACUAUCUUCCUCACAGAAUCCAAUAAAAGUGUACUUCAGUUCCAAAACGUACGACGAGUGGUCCAAAUAUUUCGGAUUAUGAGGAUACUCCGGAUUCUAAAGCUUGCCCGGCACUCAACGGGUUUACAGUCCUUGGGGUUUACACUGAGGAGGAGUUACAAUGAGCUUGGAUUACUCAUCUUGUUUUUGGCCAUGGGCAUUAUGAUCUUUUCCAGUUUGGUAUUUUUUGCAGAAAAAGAUGAGGAUGAUACAAAAUUCAAGAGCAUCCCAGCUUCCUUCUGGUGGGCAACAAUCACCAUGACAACAGUAGGCUAUGGAGAUAUAUACCCCAAAACACUUUUAGGUAAAAUAGUAGGAGGACUGUGCUGCAUUGCUGGAGUGCUGGUGAUUGCUCUUCCCAUCCCAAUUAUUGUCAAUAACUUCUCUGAGUUCUACAAGGAGCAGAAGAGGCAGGAGAAAGCCAUUAAGCGCAGGGAAGCUCUUGAAAGAGCAAAAAGGAAUGGCAGUAUUGUUUCCAUGAACAUGAAGGAUGCCUUUGCUCGCAGUAUAGAACUUAUGGACAUUGUGGUUGAAAAGAAUGGAGAAAGCAUAGCCAAAAAGGAUAAAGUUCAGGACAAUCAUUUAUCUCCCAGCAAAUGGAAAUGGACCAAGAGGACACUCUCUGAAACUAGCUCUAGUAAAUCUUUUGAAACUAAGGAACAAGAAUCUCCAGAAAAAGCCAGGUCAUCCUCAAGUCCCCAGCACCUGAAUGUCCAACAGCUGGAGGACAUGUACAAUAAAAUGGCAAAGACUCAGUCCCAGCCAAACCUUAAUACUAAGGAGUCAAGUCAACCUGGAAAGCAAAAGGAAGAGCUAGAAAUGGAAACCCUUCCCGGCCCUAUGGUGCCCUUGCUGACGACUCGCACUGAUGGGAUCAUUGACAUGAGGAGCAUGUCCAGCAUCGACAGCUUCAUAAGCUGCGCAGCGGAGUUCCCUGACUCCGGGAGGUUUUCCCACAGCCCGCUGGCUACCCUUCCCUGCAAAGGGGGCAUUAACACGAUCCAGGAGCAGGGCAGGCCAGAGGGGAGCAGCGCCAGGUUUGGGGAAAUUAACCCAAGCUCCGAAGGCAGCCACCAUUCUGCUUUUUUCAUAGAAAGUCCCAAAAGCUCCAUAAAGGCCAGUAACCCUUUAAAACUAAGGUCCCUGAAAGUCAACUUCAUGGAAGAGGACACCAGCACAUUAGUACCAGCAUCAAACGUACUGAGAAUAUACCCAGACCCUCUCAAGAGCCGGGGAGCUGCUGCUGCUGCCACAGAUACUUCCUUACUCUCUGACAGAUCUCUCAUGAGUCCAGAAACUUCAAUCUACACAACCGCGAGUGCGAGAACCCCGCCAAAGUCACCAGAGACUCAGACAGGCAUAGCUUUCAACUUCCAUGAUGCUGGUAUACACAAAUAUAUAGAUGCUGACACUGAUGAUGAAGGUCAGCUGCUUUAUGAUUCAAGCCCGCCCGGAAAUGUGAGUCCCAAGUACCAUGUUACAAACAGUGGUUAUCUAAAGCAAAAGGACCAUGUUUAUAGAACAGAGAAGAACCAUCUAGAAGCUGCUGCUUUACCCACCUCCCCAAAGCUGUUAGGACAAAACUGCAUUUAUUCUAUGGAAGGUAUCACUGGAAGAACCCAGGGCAAUCAGGAGACUGUCAGACUAGAAAAUCACAUUUCACCAGAAGUCCAUGUAUUACCAGGCAGUGGAGGACAUGCUAACACACAUGAUCAAAGCAUCUGA